UUAAAGGUGCAGAGCGUCCAUCCUCCUCUCCGAGCCCCGCACUGAGUUGCAGCUGGACCGCAUGACGGAGCAGCUUCACCCCGACAAGAGACACUCAGAGCCGGCUGCGUUCACACCCUCAAACCUGCUCAGAACCGAGGCGACACGGACCGGACUCACCUACAGUGCCUGCUGCUGAACACCAGCUAACAUGACGGACGCGGAUAAGUUCCUGUACGGUGACCGUGGGGGGUCCAGCAACGCUCUGGACCAUGCCGACUGGUCCACCAAGAAGCUGGUGUGGAUCCCCUCCGAGAAGCUGGGCUUUGAGGUCGGCUCUGUCAAAGAGGAGCAUGGAGACGAGUGCAUCGUGGAGCUCACCGACUCGAGUAGGAAGGUGAAGGUGAACAAGGACGACAUUCAGAAGAUGAACCCGCCCAAGUUCAACAAGGUGGAGGACAUGGCGGAGCUGACCUGCCUGAACGAGGCGUCGGUGCUGCACAACCUGAAGGAGAGAUACUACUCCGGACUCAUCUAUACGUACUCUGGUCUCUUCUGCGUGGUGGUCAACCCGUACAAGUAUCUGCCCAUCUACAGCGAGGAGAUCGUGAACAUGUACAAGGGCAAGAAGAGACACGAGAUGCCUCCUCACAUCUACGCCAUCACAGACACGGCCUACAGGAGCAUGAUGCAGGACCGGGAGGACCAGUCCAUCCUCUGCACCGGGGAAUCGGGUGCAGGAAAAACGGAAAACACCAAGAAAGUGAUUCAGUACCUCGCCCACAUCGCCUCGUCUUUUAAAUCCAAGAAAGAUCAGGGCAGUGCAGUGUUAUCACAUGGUGAACUGGAGAAACAGCUGCUGCAGGCAAACCCCAUCCUGGAGGCCUUCGGCAACGCCAAGACGGUCAAGAACGACAACUCCUCAAGAUUUGGGAAAUUCAUCCGGAUCAACUUUGACGUCACCGGAUACAUCGUUGGAGCCAACAUUGAAACUUAUCUGCUGGAGAAGUCUCGUGCCAUUCGUCAAGCCAAAGAUGAACGCAGCUUCCACAUCUUCUACUACAUGCUGACCGGCGCCGGGGACAAGCUGCGCUCCGAGUUGUGUCUGGAGGAUUACAGCAAGUACCGUUUCCUGUCCAACGGGAACAUGACGAUCCCCGGCCAGCAGGACAAAGACCUGUUCACGGAGACCUGGGACGCCUUUAACAUCAUGAGCAUCCCUGAGGAGGAAAUAAUCGGUCUGCUGAAGGUGGUGUCGGCGGUGCUGCAGCUCGGCAACAUGACCUUCAAGAAAGAGCGUCACUCUGACCAGGCCUCCAUGCCCGACGACACGGCCGCCCAGAAAGUGUGUCACCUGCUGAGCGUCAAUGUGACCGACUUCACCCGAGCCAUCCUGUCUCCUCGGAUUAAGGUUGGCAGGGACUACGUGCAGAAGGCCCAGACUCAGGAGCAGGCCGAGUUUGCGGUCGAGGCUCUGGCCAAAGCCUCGUACGAGAGGAUGUUCCGCUGGCUGGUGAUGCGGAUCAAUAAGGCCCUGGACAAGACCAAGAGGCAGGGCGCCUCCUUCAUCGGCAUCCUGGAUAUCGCUGGAUUUGAGAUCUUUGAGCUGAACUCGUUUGAGCAGAUGUGCAUCAACUACACCAACGAGAAGCUGCAGCAGCUCUUCAACCACACCAUGUUCAUCCUGGAGCAGGAGGAGUACCAGAGGGAGGGCAUCGAGUGGAGCUUCAUCGACUUCGGCCUCGACCUGCAGCCCUGCAUCGACCUCAUCGAGAAAACUACUGGGCCUCCAGGCAUCCUGGCUCUGCUGGACGAGGAGUGCUGGUUCCCCAAAGCCACGGACAAGACCUUUGUGGACAAGGUGACUCAGGAGCAGGGAUCAAACCCCAAGUUCCAGAAACCGAAGAAACUCAAGGACGACGUCGAUUUCUGUAUCGUCCACUACGCUGGAAAGGUGGGCUACAAAGCCGACGAGUGGCUGAUGAAAAACAUGGAUCCUCUGAACGAGUGUGUCGCCACUUUGCUGAACCAGUCUGGAGACAAAUUCAUCGGUGACCUGUGGAGAGACAUGGACCGGAUCGUCGGUCUGGAUAAGGUGGCGGGAAUGUCCAAUUCCAUGCACGGUGCGUUCAAAACUCGUAAGGGCAUGUUCCGCACCGUGGGUCAGCUGUACAAGGAACAGCUGAGCAACCUCAUGACCACGCUCAGGAACACCAACCCCAACUUUGUCCGCUGCAUCAUCCCCAACCACGAGAAGAAGGCGGGUAAACUGGAGCCUCACCUGGUUCUGGACCAGCUAAGGUGUAACGGAGUCCUUGAGGGGAUUCGUAUCUGCAGACAGGGCUUCCCCAACCGCAUCGUCUUCCAGGAGUUCAGACAGAGGUAUGAAAUCCUCACUCCAAACGCCAUCCCCAAAGGCUUCAUGGACGGGAAACAAGCCUGUGAGCUCAUGAUCAAAGCUCUGGAGCUGGACCCGAACCUGUACCGCAUCGGUCAGAGCAAAGUGUUCUUCAGAGCCGGAGUCCUGGCUCACCUGGAGGAGGAGCGAGACAUGAAGAUCACCGACGUCAUCAUCAGCUUCCAGGCGUGGUGCAGAGGAUUCCUGGCCCGCAAAGCGUUCGCCAAGAGACAGCAGCAGCUCACUGCCAUGAAAGUGAUCCAGAGGAACUGUGCUGCGUACCUCAAACUCAAGAACUGGCAGUGGUGGAGACUUUUCACCAAGGUGAAGCCUCUGCUGCAGGUGAGCCGGCAGGACGACGAGUUGCAGGCCAAAGAGGAGGAGCUGGAGAAGGUGAAGGAGAGGCAGCUUCAGACUGAAGAGCAGCUCAAAGAUUUUGAGUCCAAACAACAACAGCUGAAUGCAGAGAAGUUGGCUCUUCAGGAGCAGCUGCAGGCGGAGACGGAGCUGUGCGCCGAGGCCGAGGAGAUGAGGUCUCGUCUGGCCACCAGGAAGCAGGAGCUGGAGGAGAUCCUUCAUGACAUGGAGUCCCGCCUGGAGGAGGAGGAUGAGAGGAUCACACAGAUGAACACGGAGAGGAAGAAGAUGCAGCAGAACAUCACGGACCUGGAGCAGCAGCUGGACGAGGAAGAAGAAGCCCGGCAGAAGCUCCAAAUGGAGAAGGUCACGACGGACGCCAAGCUGAAGAAGUUGGAGGAUGACGUGAUGGUGCUGGACGACCAGAACAACAAGCUCAACAAGGAGAAGAAGCAGCUGGAGGAGAGGAUCUCCGAGUUCACCACCAACCUGACGGAGGAGGAGGAGAAGUCCAAAAGUCUGCAGAAACUCAAGAAUAAACACGAAGCAAUGAUCACAGAUUUAGAAGAUCGUCUCAGAAAGGAGGAAAAAGUGCGUCAGGAGGUGGAGAAGAACCGACGUAAGCUGGAAGGAGACUCCACGGAUCUCACCGACCAGAUCGCAGAGCUGCAGGCUCAGAUCGAUGAACUCCGAGCUCAGCUGGCCAAGAAGGAGGAAGAGCUCCUCGCUGCACUGGCCAGAAUCGAGGAAGAGGCUGCAGCCAAGAACACGGCCCAGAAGCGGAUCAGGGAGCUGGAGGCUCAUAUCAGCGAGCUGCAGGAGGACCUGGAGAUGGAGAAGCAGGUGCGCAAGAAGGCCGAGAGACAGCGCAGGGACCUGGGCGAGGAGCUGGAGGCGCUCAAGACCGAGCUGGAGGACACACUGGACUCGACCGCAACACAGCAGGAGCUCAGGAGCAAGCGAGAGACGGAGGUCGCCCACCUGAAGAAGAAUCUGGAAGAAGAGGCCAAGGUCCACGAGCAGCAGAUGGCCGACAUGAGGCAAAAACACAACCAAACCUUCGAGGAGCUGAAUGAACAGCUGGAACAGGCCAAAAGGAACAAGGCGUCGGUGGAGAAAGCCAAGCAGGCCCUGGAGAGCGACUGGAACGAGCUGCAGAUCGAGAUUAAGUCUCUGACCCAAGGGAAGACAGAGUCAGAGCACCGCCGCAAGAAGGCUGAAUCCCAGGCCCAGGAGCUUCAGAGCAAAGUGACAGAGAUUGAACGACAGAGGCAGGACAUGACCGCCAAGAUGGACAAGAUGCAGGCGGAGUUGGAGAACAGUAACAGCCUCCUGAGUGAAGCAGAAGGAAAAAACAUCAAAUCCAGCAAAGACCUUUCUGCUGCCGAGUCUCAGCUGCAUGAUGUUCAGGAGUUGCUCGAAGAGGAGACUCGUCAGAAGCUGUCUCUCUCAACCCGCCUGAGGCACCUGGAGGACGAGCAGCAACACCUGCAAGAGCUGCUCGAUGAAGAGGAGGAGGGCAAGAAGAAUAUGGAGAAGCAGGCCGCCACUCGGCAGGCCCAGCUGGCAGACAUGAAGAGGAAGCUGGACCAGGAGGUCUUAAACAUGGAGGAGGCAGAGGAGGACCGCAAGCGAGUCCAGCGGGAGAUGGACAGCAUCUUGCAGCAGUUGGAAGAGAAGAGCUCGGCCUACGACAAGCUCUACAAGACCAAAACCCGUUUGCAGCAGGAGCUGGAUGACCUGAUUGUGGAACAGGACAACGUGAGGCAGACCAUGUGCAACCUGGAGAGGAAGCAGAAGAAGUUUGAUCAGAUGCUGGCCGAGGAGAAAACCAUUUCAACUCAGUAUGCCGAGGAGCGUGACAAGGCCGAGGCUGACGCCAGGGAGAAGGACACACGAGCACUGACGCUGGCCGGCGACCUGGAAGCCAUGACGAUUAAUAAAAAAGAGCUGGAACAAGUCAAUAAACUGCUGAAAGCUGAGAUGGAUGACCUGGUUUCCUCCAAGGAUGAUGUCGGCAAGAGUGUCCAUGAACUGGAGUCGAAGCGUGGAAUGGAGCAACAGGUGGAGGAGAUGAUUCAGCUGGAGGAGCUGGAGGACGAGCUGCAGGCCACAGAGGACGCCAAACUGCGUCUGGAGGUCAACAUGCAGGCCAUGAAGGCCCAGUUUGACCGAGACCUGCAGGCCAGAGACGAGCAGGGAGAGGAGAGGAGGAAACAGUAUCACUCAUACUUAUUUUAGGUGCGUGAGAUGGAGGUGGAGCUGGAAGAAGAACGCAGGCAGCGUUCUCUGGCUCUCUCUUCAAAGAAGAAACUGGAACUGGACCUGGCAGACCUCGUACAGCAGAUCGAUGAUGCCAACAAGGGACGCAAUGAGGCGUUAAAACAGCUGAAAAAAAUCCAGGCCCAGAUGAAAGACCUGAUGAGAGAACAGGACGAGCUGCGUUUGUGCAGAGACGAAGCCGUCAACGGGGCCAAGGAGACGGAGAAGAAGCUCAAGAACAUGGAGGCAGAUGCUCUGCACUACAAGGAGGAUCUGGCCACUGCAGAGAGACUCAAGAAACAAGUUCAGAUGGAGAGAGACGAGCUCCAGGAAGAGAUCACCAACAGCGUCUCCAAGAACUCUCUGAUGGCAGAGGACAAGAGGAGGCUGGAGGCUCGCAUCGCCACGCUGGAGGAGGAGCUGGAGGAGGAGCAGCUCAACACGGAGAUGGUCAACGAUCGUAUGAAGAGGACCACGCUGCAGGCCGAGCAGUUGACCAUGGAGCUGGCGUCGGAGCGCAGCAAUUUCCAGCGGGUAGAGGGGGCUCGCUCGCAGCUGGAUCGCCAGAACAAGGAGCUGAAACUGAAGCAGCAGGAGCUGGAGGGAACCAUCAAGUCCAAGUACAAAUCCUCCAUCACCGUUCUGGAGGCUAAGAUCGCUAACCUGGAAGAACAACUGGACAUCGAGUCAAAGGAGCAUCAGCAGGCGUCCAGACUCGCCAGGCGGACGGAGAAGAAGCUGAAAGAGGUGCUGCUGCAGGUCGAGGACGAGAGACGCAACACGGAGCAACACAAAGACCAGGUGGAGAGGACGAACGCCCGAAUGCGCCAGCUGAAGCGCCAGCUCGAGGAGGCCGAGGAGGAGGUGACGCGAGCAAACGCCUACCGCAGGAAGCUGCAGAGGGAGCUGGAUGAUGCUACAGAGUCAACUGACCUUAUGAACCGGGAAGUCACCACCUUGAAGAGCAAGCUUAGACGGGGGGACCUUCCUUCCAACAUCCGACGUACCUUCAUCCGCGCUGGUCUGGACAGCGACGAGGAAGUGGACGUGCAGACUGAAGCGCCUGAGCCCGCAGACAACUGAACAGAGGUCGAGCAGAGAGGAACAAAUCCUAAUUACCACACGGCGACAUGCAACACAACAGCCAAGCGAGCGGUCAAACAUGACUUUCUCUCUGAGAGCUUCUCGCCUCUUGACGAUCUUCUUGUAGCCUUACUGUUGCUUUUAAUUGAAUACUUUCACAUUAGGCCAAAUGAUCAUCUCAGUGGAUGUGAGUGUUUUUCUAAAAAGGGUUUUAUGUUUCCUGGUCUAUUUUUAUACUAAACGGGUUUACUAUACGAGGACACACUGCUCUUACAGCAGCUUGUUUUAUUACCUGAGGUUUAUGUGCUGGUGCCGCAGCAGUUUAGGGGAAAACGCCUGAAAAUGUUAACGCUUUUUUGCACACACAAAUGGGUUCUUUGGGAGCUUUGAUGCAGUUCAUGCUAGUGUCACUAUAAAUCUGCAUAUUUGUACUUCACGCUCAGACUUUGUCAUGAUGCUUUCACGCCAUUACCUCAUCCUACUUUGCACAAUGUCGACACAAACACACACACACACACACACACAAGAAUAGGGAAUUCAUUUGAGGUAACACAGCUGUGGGUGGAAACGUUGCACCAUCAUGUAUGUUAUCUUGGUUGAUGUGUCAUCUCACUUUUCUUUUUUUUUACAUUUUACUGGUUAUUGGUGGUGGGUCAUCAUGUGUUAGAGCUCUGCUUUGUGCCAUGCUUUAUCUGGUUUCCAUCAUGAAUGUGGGCCUCUGAAUUUAUUUUACCCUAAUGCUGUAUUAUCAAAUAGACUUCAUGUUACAUUGAUGCCAUUUAAAUGCUUAUCUACAUUUUAUAAAAUGCCUUAAUGCAAUAAAUCUAAAAAGUAUUUAAAAAGGUG